AGCCAAUAAAUUCAAGAAGAAGAAGAAAUGGCGUCUGGGCCGCCGUAGAAAUGAGUCGGGCUAUGUGGAGCUCCGUGCUGAUCACCGGCUGCAGCAGAGGAAUCGGUCUGCGGCUGGUCAGAGAGCUGGCUCACAGCAAUAACAGGCCGGCCACCAUCAUAGCGACAGCCCGCCAACCAUCCACGGCUUUGCAGCAGCUGUCAAAAACACACCCAGGCCUUCACAUUGUUACUUUAGAUGUUAGCCCGUCUCAGGGCAUCAGUUCGGCCUCUGAAGAGGUCCGGUCUAUUGUGGGAGAUACUGGACUCAACUGCCUGAUUAAUAAUGCAGCCAUUGGAUUCUCAACCAAUAUCAGCACUGUCACCCCAGAGUCCAUGAUGACCAUGUUCCAGGUCAAUGCUGUAGCUCCGCUCUUCAUAACAAAGGCCUUCAUGCCUCUGCUGCAGGCUGCUGCUGCCAGGUCCAGUGGGAUGGGGAUCCAUAGAGCAGCUGUCAUCAACAUGUCCUCUGUCCUCGGUUCCAUUACUUUGAACUGUGGCGAUGGCGCCAAAUACAAAAACUAUGCCUACGGAACCUCCAAGGCGGCUCUGAACAUGGUAACAAGGUGUCUAGCUGCAGAUUUGAAGUCCAGUGGAAUCCUCUGUAUGUCUCUGCACCCUGGCUGGGUGAAGACUGACAUGGGCGGUCCUAAUGCCGAGUUAACAGUAGAAGAGAGUGUUUCUGGAAUCCUGUCUGUCCUCUUCAGCCUCAGUGAGCGGGACCACGGAGGAUUCCUCGACUACCGUGGACAGAGCCUGCAGUGGUAGAAGGAACCACCAGGGUUCAUGUUUAGCUGCCAUGAGGUGUUUGAAUAAAUGGAGGAAGCUGCACAAUCAGGUCUCAGUGUCUGAACAUCUGCAAGUAAAAA